ACAGACGGCCUGUUAUUCACCGCCAUAGAGAUCCCUCUCCACGGCCAUCGCGUUCACGAGCAGCUUCUCGCGGUUCAAAAACUGUGGAUGCAGAGAAGGUAAAGAUGAUUCAAAACGAAGGUGCAGUAGCUGAGAAUUCGAAUGCUGCAGAUGGGGGCAACAAAAACAUUGAAGCCCAAAUAUUCAGCUUCCGGGAACUAGCGGCUGCCACAAAGAAUUUCCGGCAAGAAUGUCUGCUUGGUGAAGGCGGAUUUGGGCGGGUUUACAAGGGGCGCUUGGAGAAAACAGGCCAGAUUGUUGCAGUGAAGCAACUUGAGCGUAAUGGAUUGCAAGGUAACAGAGAAUUUCUUGUGGAAUUGUUGAUGCUCCGCCUUCUUCACCAUCAGAAUCUUGUAAACCUUAUUGGAUAUUGUGCUGAUGGAAAUCAGAGACUUUUGGUUUAUGAAUUCAUGGAAUUGGGAUCUCUUGAGGACCAUCUUCUUGAUAUUCCACCAAAUAAAGCUCCAUUAGAGUGGUGGAAAAGGAUGAAAAUCGCAUUACAUGCAGCCAAAGGUUUAGAGUAUUUACACGAUAAGGCGAACCCGCCUGUGAUCUACCGUGACCUCAAGUCCUCAAACAUUUUAAUAGAUGAGGAGUACAAUGCAAAGCUGUCUGAUUUUGGAUUAGCCAAGCUUGGGCCUGUGGGAGACAGGAGUCAUGUAUCUUCUAGAGUAAUGGGGACUUAUGGUUAUUGUGCUCCUGAGUAUCAAAGAACUGGCCAAUUAACUGUCAAAUCUGAUGUUUAUAGCUAUGGUGUUGUGCUACUGGAGCUAAUCACGGGAAAGAGAGCCAUCAUGUCAACAUUUGGUGCUGACGAAAUGCUAGUUAAAUGGGCUCUUCCUCUAAUCAAAGAUCCAAAUAGGCUUACACAAGUGGCUGAUCCACUUCUUCAAGGCAACUUUCCAAAGAAAGGUUUAACCCAUGCAGUUGCUGUGGCAGAAAUGUGCGUGCAUGAAGAUCCAACUUUGAGGCCUAUGAUCAGUGAUGUGGUCACAGCUCUCAGCUAUCUUUUGGUUGAACCAGAGGUGGCCUCUGGCUUGUGAACCCUCCCCUGCUGCUAAAUCUCCGGCCAUCCCAGGCCAAAGCCCAACCCGACCCCCCCGAGUUGCCCAAUCAAAAUCAAGAGCCCCGGAGAGUAGUUUGUUGGGAAUAAUUCAAAGAGAAAAGAGAAAAUAGAAUGAGUGGCUAUAAAUUGUUGUUUAAUUUUUGAGGCCAGCACUAACUGCCCUAUGAUUGUGGCCUGCGCCACUCAUGUUUGUUUGUGUGGCUGGGAUGGAGGGGGCUGCUUACUAUAUAUAGCAGCUCCC